GUAAACUCUAUUUGAUAAAAGUCGUUUUAAAGAAUCUUUUAUUCAGAAAAUCUCGAACAACAUGUCCAUUAUGGAAUAUAACGGAGGCUCCGUCCUUGCUAUGGCAGGCAAGGAGUGCUUUGUGAUUUUGUCAGAUAAUCGUCUGGGUGAAAGGUUCAAAACGAUUUCUAUGGAGGCGCCAAAAUUACACGUUGUUAACGACGCAGUUGUAUACGGGCUGACCGGAUUGCAAACGGAUCAACUCACUUUCUCGAACAAAUUAAGUUUCCGAACCAAGUUAUACAAGUUACGUGAAGAGCGGGAUAUAAGUGGAAAGGCUUUUGCGUCUCUUGUAGCAUCUUUGCUGUAUGAGGCUCGCUUUGGUCCCUGGUUUGUGGAGCCAGUUGUUGCUAGUUUGAACAAGAAGACUGGAGAAGUUUACCUUUGUGCAAUGGAUCUUUUGGGGGCUCCUUGCGAACCUGAGGAUUACGUUUGCGCUGGAACAUGCGCUAAUAGCUUACAUGGGAUGUGUGAGGCCCUCUGGAGGCCUGGUCUUGGGGCAGAAGAGCUUUUUGAAAUCGCUGCGCAGGCUAUGCUAUCGGCUUGCGACCGUGACAGCCUCUCGGGUUACGGUGCUGUUGCCAUGAUUGUUACCAAGGACAAUGUUGUCACUCGUUUGAUUAAAGGCAGGAAGGACUAA